AUGGGCUAAUAACCAGAGAAACUACCUCCUCUUUAUUAAGAUAAUUGGUAAAUGUCCAAUAAUAAUGGAAUUUCAAUUUACGCCUAAGGUUCUACUGCGAACAAUACUGUGAAUUAGCUAUAAAUAAAUCAAUCAGUUUUCUAUACUCCAGCAAAUUCUGUUCAAUAUGAAAAAGAAUUGAGAGAAACAGUUAUUGUUGAAAGAUAAAUGGCUAGACUGGCACAUGAGGAUUUAGAAACUUUUAAGGAAAAAUAAACUUAACUUAUAAAGAAGUUUGACCCUAGAGAAUUAAAAUAAUAAAGGGCAUUACCUCCAAUCAACUACGAUUCAACAUAAGGAUCUUAGGGAUUACAGAGGACAAAAACUAGAUCAGUUCCAAUGACAGCAAGGGGUUAAGUAUUUGGCACUGGUCUUCUGAAACUUAAUCUUGUCCCUUAAUUCGGGCCAGAAGAUAAGAACAACGGAAGAACAAUAGGAGAUGACUUUCAAUCAAAGAAUCAAUCAUCGAAGUAAAACUAGUAAGAGUAGAGGAACUUGCCUCCUAUUAUAAAAAAGAAAAAGACAAACAUUUAGCAGGACUUCUUUGAUUUAGAAUCGAAACUUAGUUCUAUUCAAAAUGCUGCAUCGAUAGAAUCAUAUAAAAGAAAGGAUGCAAAUCAAGGUGCACAUGGUUCAAUGAUCCUUGUAAUGAAUCAGACUAUUCCUUUAGAAUAGGUAACAGUUAACUAGAUUCCAAAGGACGAGCCUGUAAAGCAAGAGUGGGGUAAAAAUCCUCCUAAGGUGAAUCAAAAUCUAUCCAAAAUAGGCACACUAAAGUUUGAGAACUUGCUUAACGAAAUCAAUUGA